AGUCAAUUUCGUUUUAUAUACAGAUAAAUACUAAGCCUGUUAUUUUAUUUUUGAAGUUACAGUUUCAAUGGCUCGUGCAAAAAACAUUCAGUUUAUUGUUAGCAUAGCAGCAACAAUAAUCUCGAUAACAGAUGGCAUGACGGUAGCUUGGAGCGCUCCCAUGAUUCCCUAUUUCAUAAGCGAAAAUAGUCAUAUACAAAUGACGCAAGACCAAGCGGAAUGGAUCGAAACGUGCUUCCUAAUUGGAGUAAUUAUCGCUAUACCGAUAACAGCAUAUUUAACAAAUAAAUUAGGUAGAAAAAAGUGUCUCUUACUAGCAGCUACGGUAUUAAUGUUAUGCUGGAUCGCUAUAGGAUGCGUCUACAAAAAGGAAUAUAUUUAUGUAGCCAGAGUUUUCAUGGGAAUGGGCACUAAUUUGGGCUUCGUAUCCGUGCCGGUUUAUAUAGGCGAGAUCGCUCAAAAGGAAAUCAGGGGAUUCCUCACCAGUUUUAUGCAGAUCAUGGUAAUAAUAGGUAUUCUUAUAAUGUACUGCAUCGGACCGUUUACCUCAUUUUCCACACCUCCAUUCUUAGCAGCUGGACUUCUAAUGUCCAAAUUAGUGAUAUUUUCAUUCAUGCCAGACACUCCGUAUAUUUUGUGUAUGAAAAACGACGUGAAUCAAGCCAAAAAAUCACUUCAGAAAUUAAGAGGGAAGGAAGACGUCGAAGAAGAACUACAAGAAAUAAUGGAAGCAAUUAAUAACGAUAUGAGAGACAAAAAAGGAGCUUUUAAAGAAUUAUUUGUUGUUAAUCGGUAUAGAAACGCUUCUAUUAUAGUUUUGGUUUUCGAUUUUACCAAAUUGUGUAGUUGUUUCGAAGUUGUUUUGAUGAAUAUGCAUCAAAUGCUAGAUCAAGCUGGUUCCGUUUAUAUAAAACCAUCUUCAGUUGCGAUUAUUUUCGCUGUAUUAUUAUUAAUAUCGUCUCUUAUAUCAUCUGUGACGAUUGAUAAAUUCGGUAGGAAAAUUAUAUUCUUCGUAUCGAGUAUGCUAACAGCUUUAUGUUUAUUACUAUUAGGAAUAUUUUUGAAUCUGAACCAAAAAGGUUACAAUGUUCAAGCUGUUAAUUGGAUACCAGCGGUGUCCGUUAUGAUAUACGCUGUGGUGUUCAAAUUAGGUAUGGGAACUGUACCGUUCGUAAUCCUGGGAGAAAUUUAUUCAACUAGGAUUAAAGGACGUGGUAUAGCUUUUUGUAACGGUUUCCAUACUUUAACAUCUCUAGGGGUGUUCCAAGUUUAUUUCAUGUUAAGAAGAGCUUAUGGAAUUUAUAUACAUUUUUAUAUAUUUUCUUUUUUGACUGUAUUUACGGCUGUUGUUAUAAUGUAUUUCGUGCCCGAAACUAGAGGUAAAAGUUUGGAGGAAAUACAACAAUUAUUAAAAGAGAAUGUUUUUUUUAAAACUUCGAAAAAAAUUGAUAGUGAUUGUGAAAAUAAUAUUAAAUUAAUUACGAGAAGAAAUAGUGGAUUUAUAGAUAAGAAGGAGCGAUUAAAAUAAAUGAACAAAAUCAUUCAUCAUUCAUUUCUUAUCAGGAGGAUGGUUAAGAAACAAGUUUUUAUUAAAAAAUGUCACCGAUAAUUUAAAAGAAUCAAAAUCAAAAACAUUCUGAUCAUUACACAACAACACUAGCCAAUUUUUUUUAUUUUUCUAUUGCAAAAAGUUUUUACUUACUUUAAAAUGUUAUUUAAAAACUC